GUGGAGCAAGGGAAAAGAACAAGCCUGAAGCCUACACAGUCACCUGUGCAAAAGCAGUAUGUACACAAAGGGUGGCUGGCUGGAGCUGUGUUCCUACCUCCCCACCCCUGUUGAGUGAUAAACGACAAAUCAAUUGGGUGUUUGGAACAAAGUCCAGCACAAGAGUUUAGAGAAAGCCAGACAACUCUUGGGUCAAGAGCAAACUCCGUAAUGUCACAAGAAAGUGGCCUCUCUGACCAUUAGGGAGUUCUUGAUUUUUGCUUUGGGAUCAGGUGGUUGGAGGAAAGAAAAACGAGAAUGAUCCAUACAGACUGAAUUAUGUAGGGGAUUCUCAUUGUGGGAAGAGGAAGAAGGCUGGGGGAGCCACAAUUCUUGGAGGCUUGGCUCCUUUGGCCAUGGCUUUGGCCACACUGUUUGAGGAUCUGGUUCCGGAUUUCUCCUGCCCGAUAUGCCUGGAGUGGUUCUGGGAGCCGGUCGCCCUCCCUUGUGGGCACCUCUACUGCCAGGCCUGCAUUGAGACAGCUUGGGGAGCCCAUGGUAGCAAGCACAUCUGCCCCCAGUGCCGGGAGGAAUUUCCAGAGAAGAGGUACACCCCCUGCAAGCUCUUGGGGACCUUGGUUCACCGAAUUGGACGAAUUAAUCCUGGGGAGGCUGAGGAGGGGCGACGCAGCAGUGCCAACUGCAGAGAAUCCACACUGCAGCAGAAACAUGCAAUGCUCCCUGUCUGCGAAGCAACAAACUGGUAUAAGGAGGAGCUGUCUCUGGCUGUUUCUCAGAUGGAAUCUAACUUGGCCAAACUUCUCAUGCUUAAAACAGAGGAAGAAGAAAAACUACAGAACCACCAGGCAGUUAUGCUCAGCCUGGAUGACCACAUCUCUACUGAAUUCAGGGAGCUCCACCACUUCCUCUAUGCCCAGGAAAAGACGUGCAAGAUGAGGUUGGCAGAGGAAGGAGGUGCCCGGCUCCAGGAGACAAAGGAAAAGCUAAGGAUGCUGAGGGAGGCUUGCCGUGGUUGCCAGGAGCUGCUGUUGGAAGCCCAGGAUCAUCUUGAAUUGCAAGACUCUUCAGGUUUCCUGACGGGCAUACACUCCCUCCUGAAUAGGAUGAAACACCAGCAAGCCACCCCAGCUUUUCCUGUUGUAACACCCACAUUGGAGAUUCUUGGACAAUUCAAAGGACCCAUGCAAUAUGUUGCCUGGAAGGAAAUGAAAUCUGCUCUCAAUGUAGAUUUCCCCCUAAUAACCUUGGAUCCUGAAACAGCUCAUCCUUGUCUUGUCCUUUCGGAUGAUUGUACCUGUGUCCGAGAUGGCCAUGUACGCCGGGAUGUCCCAGACACUCCUAUGCGCUUCAACUACUGUGUAGCAGUGUUAGGUUGCCAGGGUUUCUCCUCUGGAAGACAUUACUGGGAGGUGGAAGUUGGUAACAAGCCCUCUUGGACUUUAGGUCUGGUUAGCAUCUCCAUCAACCGCAAGGGGAAAAUCGCUGCCUUCCCUGGCAAUGGAUUUUGGGUAAUCCGGCUGAGGAAUGGAGUGGAGCUAAUGGCCAAGGACAGCCCACCUCAAAGGCUCUGGCCCACUUCCUUUCCUAAGAGAGUUGGUGUCUAUCUGGACUACGGUGGGGGGAUGGUGUCCUUCUAUGAUGCCUCUACUAUGGUCCAUAUUUACACUUUUGUCACCCCCCGAUUCACUGAGAGGCUAUUCCCCUAUUUUUGCCCUGGGCUGUACAAUUCAGGGGAGAAUGCAACCCCCUUAAAAAUAUGCCAACUGUCACUUUUAUAGCGGAGAAAAGGGCUUUUCUUGUUCUGAUCUCAGUUUAUGAGAUACGUUGGGACCUUGUUCCUUCAAGCAGAAUUCCUUGAACAGAAAUCACAUCCUUUAUUCUAAAAGUUCUCUGAUCUUCACCCUAUUGGGUAUCUUUUAGUCAACACACAGUGCUGUAACUACAGACUCAUCCCUGGAUAUGGCUUAUUGCUUGAAGGAUCUACAUAGAAUGACCAACAGGAGUAAAAAUCCCAUUAAACUAGGCAAUUAUUUUAAAAUUAGCAGUCAGUGCAAUAAAAGCUGGACACAAAACCUAUGGAUCAUUUCUUAAAACUUGCCAGCACCAUCUCUAAAAUGCAACAUGGUUUUAAAGCGGUGUUUCUCAGAUUUGUAUAAACUUGGAACACAAGUCCCUCACAACCUGUUAGCAUCUUCACUAUGCAAACCCCAAAGUCUCUCCCAAGAUUGUAUGCCUAAAGAUUUGUGGACUGAAGCACUAGCCUGAUGCUGGCAUUAGAAAAAGAGGAUGUGAACAUGCAGGGCUGGUUCCAGAUUUGGGAGAAAGGGCUUGAAAAUGCAUAUAUUGGGUAUUUCUGUAAGCUUAUGUUAAAAAGCUAUUCAAUACUAGUUAACUACCCUGAAUGUUCCUAAUAAAGUGAAAACGAAAUGUUUACUUGUAUUAUAUUCAGGGGUAGCUGUGUUGGCCAUAUAGCAAAGUAAUAGGCUCUGCCAAAGUGGUGGAGUUUCAUUAGCUAUCCAUACAUGUCAGAAAUAUAGUGAAGCUGCCCCUGGAUUAUUACAUGCAGUUUUGGCAGAACCUGUCAAUUUUUACGGGUUUCACAGAGUGAUAAAGAAAUAUAAAUAUAUAACAAAUAAAUCAAUUUCCAGUGAACGUGCUUAGGACUGAAAUCUAGUUUUGUUGCAUGCGAGAGUUAUGCAGCUGUAUUAAGUUUGUGAUUGAUGGUAGGUGUGGACAGGUAAGUUUUCAGCCCCAGAACGUAAUACAGAAAUGUGUAACAAGUGAGAAUUAAAAAGAGGCAUCUUCUGAGAGUAUCAUCAGAAUGUCUUUAUUUUGCUGUUGUUAACUGCUGACUUACGGCGACCCUAUGAAUGAGAAAUCUCCAAGUCCCACUAUCAUUAAUAGCCCUGCUGAGGUCUUGCAGACUCAGAACCCUGGCUUCCUUGACUGAGUGUAUCCAUUUGGAAUGUGGUCUUCCUUCCUACUCUCCUCUACCUUAAAAACAUUAUUCUCUUUUCUGGUGAGUCAUAUCUUCUCAUGAUAUGGUCAAAGAACAACAGUCUCAGUUUAGUCAUCUUGACUUCUAGGGAGAGUUCUGCCUAUCAAUUCUGCAAAGGGGAAUUGGGAUCAUAUGAGUUAGGAGGCAUCAAGCAUGUUAGCCUAUCAAUGCUGCAUUUUUCUCUUGCCAAGAAAACACUGUGAUAAGUUUGCCACACUCAGUGCAGGCAUAUGGGCGGCUCUCACUGUGGCAUCGCCGGUGCCGCUCCAGGGCUGAGUUUAGUCCAAAGGUUUUGCCACAGUCGCCGCAGCGGUAAGGCUCAACCCCCAUGUGGAGCCGCUGAUGCUUGACUAGAGUAGCCCCAUGGCCAAAGCGUUUGCCACACUCCUGGCACUGGUAGGGCUUCUCCCCCGAGUGGGUGCGCUGGUGUUGGAUGAGCUCGGAGCUUUGGAUGAAGGUCUUGCCCCAGUUGUUGCACCGGAAGGGCUUCUCCCCAGCAUGGAUCUUCCGGUGCUUGACCAGGUUGGCGCUCUGGGUGAACCCCUUCCCACACUCUUCCCACUUGAAGGGCCGCUCGCCUGUGUGGGUGAUCUGGUGCUGGAUGAGGUCCAAGGAGCGAUAGAAACUUUUGGGGCACUCUGGGCAGCGGUAAGGCUUCUCACCAGUGUGGCUGCGCUGGUGCUUGAUGAGGUUCGUGCUCUGGGAGAAAACUCUUCUAGAACACGGCCUCAUAGCCUGAAAAUUAUGUAUGCUGGAUGUGAAAGCCUUUGACUUUACAGUACAGAAAUGUACUUGCUAUUGCUGUAUUGCUAUAUGGAAGUAUAAAAUAUACAAGUCAACAAUAAUAUUAAAACAAUUAAAUUGCUACACUCUAAAGCUGUCUGUACUUUGCACCUGAAACUGAGCUCAAGUCUGCAGAAAGCAGAUGGCAUCAAACUGGAUUGAGUAAUGAUAAUAAAAAAC